AUUCUAUGGCAAGCAAAAUUUGCAGUUCGUCCACUACAAAUUCUUCUUCCCCAAAUUCGUCGGCAAAGAUCGGACCUUUUCCAGCUGCAUUCUCAAAUCUGAAUGAUGCUCCUCAAACACUGGCGGGCCCUAGCCACCGAAGCCAAGCACGUCUCCUUCACCGUCGCAAAGUUCUUCGGCCUCCUCCACGUCACCGAUUCCUACCUCUGCUCCUGCACCCUCGUGCACGGUCCUAGUAUGCUCCCCACCUUCAAUUGCAGCGGCGAUGUGGUCCUCGCGGAGCACUUCUCCCACCGGUUAGGUAAGGUCGCCCACGGUGACGUCGUCCUGGUUCGGUCUCCGGACGACCCGAAGAGGAUGGUGGCCAAGAGGGUCCUGGGCUUGGAGGGCGAUGAGGUCACUUCCUCUUUCGAUCCCCAACGGAUUGUUCAGCACGAUAGGAUUGUGGUUCCUAAGGGGCAUGUUUGGAUUCAGGGAGACAACACUUAUGCCUCCUUAGAUUCACGGUCAUAUGGACCUGUGCCUUACGGUCUUAUUCAAGGCAGAGUGUUUUUCAGGGUAUGGCCACCUGAUGGCUUUGGAUUAGUAAAUGACCGAGCUUAAGAUUUUUGUCUCUAUUGCUGAAGGUUCUGGAUCUGUGCCAAACUGAAGGGGUUCUACUUCAUUAUUUAUGUUGCCUCUGAGACUUCGGAAGACCACUCGGGUUUGAAUUCUGGGACAUCAACACACGUUCUCUAUCAUGAUGAACAGCACCUAUCGGGAUAUAAGAUGGUCCAGCUGGUACAGUGAAGUCUCCUUUCUGAUCUCCUCAUUAACCUCCCUAUAUGUCUGAAUGCCGGGUGGCUGCAAGCUGAGAACUUCAUGUAGAAUCAUUUUGUCACCUGCAACAAAGCAAUUUUAAAUUAUGUACAAGUUUGAGCUCUAUACUGUCUUCCCGCGAUGUUUUGCAUUGUGCAUCUGAAUCAAAUUGUAUCCAUUCUUUGUGAGCGGAAAUGAUACUCCAUUAGAUUUAAUCAGUAUAAAGUUUAGAACUAGGGUUGAUAAGGAAAAAAAAAAGAGAGUAAACAAGUACUUAAGUUCAGUAUUUAAAAUUUGACCAAAAAAGUUUUCUUUUGGUUGGAGAUGCAAAAUUAUAAAAUCCGAAACUCUUC